AGUGGCUGGCCGUAGCUAGGCGCGGGUGGCGGGAAGGAAAUACGCCGGCGGGAGUGUGCUCGCUUCCUUCUCGCAACCGGAACUGUUUCUGCAAUCUUGGCUAACUGCUCCAGCUCCGGGAGAGGCUGUAAACUGCUCUGAUCCUGCCUCUUCCUUUCCUCCGCUCUUCCCAGAAGGUGAAAGAUCGAAGCGUGGAUAGACACACCUCCAAGGCCCAAAGUCCACGGCCACAGGGGUACCAUUACUCUCCGGACUCAUUCGUUAAAACUCCUUUGGGAGCCUUGGCUCAGGGUUAGCAGAUGCCACAACCUUUGAUGCAGUGUGAAUCCAGUCUGAGGGAAGAGGAGAUCCCGCCCCUCUUUUGGGGUCUGGAUCCUAUAUUUCUAGCCUUUGCAAAACUCUACAUCAAGGAUAUCCUGGAGAUGAAGGAGUCCCAACAAAUGCCAGGUACAUAUUUUUACAAUGGGCAUCCCAUAAGACGGGUAGAUAUCAUGGGAGCUGUUGUCAGCGUGAGAGAAAGAGAGACUUUCUACAGCUACGGAGUGGAUGAUGCCACUGGGGUUAUAAACUGCGUCUGCUGGAAAAAGCCGAGCCCCACUGAGUCUUCCUCAGACCCAGCUAUUCUGAGUACUGGGAGAGAGUUUAGCAUGACCUCACAGCUUAAGAAACUACAGGAGACCAUUGAGCAGAAAACCAAGAUAGGGAUUGGGGAUGUCAUCCGAGUCCGAGGCUCUGUGCGCAUGUUCCGAGGGGAGCGAGAGAUCUGUGCCACCAUUUAUUAUAAGGUGGACGAUCCUGUGUGGAACAUGCAGAUUGCAAGGAUGCUCGAGCUACCUGAGCUCUACAAGAAGGUGUACGACCAGCCCUUCCGCAACCCGGCCCUAAAGGAAGAAGAAGCACUGAACAAUAAAGACACUUUGGAUCUCGCCGGCCUCACAUCUUUGUUGAGUGAGAAAGUUAAAGAAUUCCUCCAUGAGAAGAAAGUGCAGAGCUUCUACCAGCAGGAGUUAGAGAUGGUGGAGUCCUUGCAGGCUCUGGCCAGCCAGCCUGUGACCCACAGCACAUGCUCUGACCAAGUGGAGUCAAAGAACAACACCACUCCUGGCACAGCGCAGAGUGUGUUUAAGAAUGCCCUGCAGAUGCUUCAGGAAAAGGGACUCGUGUUCCAGAGAGACAGUGGCUCUGAUAAACUGUACUACGUAACCACCAAAGACAAAGACCUGCACCAGAAGAUCUACCAGAUCAUUAAGGAAGACUGUCAGAAACCAAAUCAUAUAGAGAAGGGCUGCCACUUGCUGCACAUCCUGAACUGCGUGCACCUCAACCUCCGCUGGGACCUGAGCAAGGCUGUGCUGCAGCAGGUGCUGGAGCUCCUGGAGGACCAGAGUGACAUCGUGAGCACCGCAGACCACUACUACGCGGCCUUCUGAGCAGAGCCGAGAGCGAAGCAGGCGGCGCUACCCCAGGGUCUGCUCACAGGCAUAAUACAGAUAAUCCCAUGAUAAAUUCUGAUAGUCACAAGAACAUAGGACUGGACUUCCUACUGCUUGCUGUAUCCUGAGACAGAUGGCUUUGAUGUCAGCCAUGGCACACACAAGCCCUCCUUGUCAGCUCCCUGGUGGAUUUUGUGUCACUCUGAAUAGAAUGGGAGGAAACAGUGUUUCUGGUUUAACCGGUGUGUCUGAAUUCAGUGGCCCCAUCUUGAUAGAGGGCAUCCCAGGGUAAAGGCUCCUACACAUCUGAACUGGAGAGGCAGUAGCCAGGCCACACUGUCUGAAACCCUCACACCCCAGGUUACCACACAGCCCCAGCAGGCUCCCCUGAUGUGUUGAAAGCUCAUAUAGACCCAUGUCUCCUACAGUGAUUGACAUUUUCCUCUAGUUCCUGAGGCUUCAGCCGUAGCAAUGAGGGCUGCUGGGGCUUGCAGAACUGCACUGGAGAAUAAAGAAUCUGGCACAUG